CAUGCUUUUCAAUUCAUUGAUCAUUUCAGAUUUCAGAAAAACUCAAACUCAGUUCUCUAUACACAGUCAUACAUGGAAAAUCAGAAGAAAAAAGUUUGAAAAUUGUAAAAGUAAAAUAGGCGAAAUUUAUUAAAUAAUUUAUUAAGUAAGGGCGCAACGACAUUUCAACGCAUGACAUUUGGGUAGAAAAGCAUUCAGCAAGAGUCCAUUUGUUAAAGUAUGAUACAUAACGAUAAAAUUUUCUUUAAACAAACUUGGUGCGAUAUGAGAGCUUUUUCUAUAUUACUCAUCCCCAGCUGUAAUCACUGUUUGUUUAACCUUCAUCGAUAUUCACACUGAACUUAACUGAAGUGAACUGUGUGAACUUCAAAGUUUGGAACACUGUGAACUUAAACUAUCGUUGCUUCCAAAUGUCGUGCGCGUCCAUAUGUCAGUAUACCCAUUUUUGUAUCAAAAACUUUAAAAAAAUAUUGAAAUUUUUGAAUAUGGUCAAAGUGAUAGUAAUAAUAAUCUAAAUUUUCCAUUUUAUUUUACUUUUACAAUUUUCAAACUUUUUUCUUCUGAUUUUCCAUGUAAGACUGAGUAUAGAGAACUGAGUUUGAGUUUUUCUGAAAUCUGAAAUGAUCAAUGAAUUGAAAAGCAUGAGUAGAAUCGAAAAAAUGCCAUAUAUGAACAUUGUAAACCUAUCUAAGCUUUUUCCAGUCACAAAGUAAAUAACUUCCUUUAUUUUAUUAUGGCAAAAACGUUAAAGAUCAGUUUCAUUUUAUUUUGCUUCCUUACUGACAAAACUACUUUUUGAAAUACAUAGCGAUAAAUACGGAAAGACACUGGUAUUUGAGAUAAAAUUUUAUUUCCAAAACUAAUGUGAUAUGAGAAUCAGCGUCAAAAACCGAGUUGAAUGAGAUAUAUCUAGGAAUUUUGAGAUCAUUUUUGUUUUUGGAGGGAAGUCUGAACAAAUUCGAAAAAAAUAUUGAAAUUAUCGAAUAGAAUUGCAAGGAAUAUCAUUUGAAAUUUGAAUUUUCUUAUUCUAUUUAGGGUUUAGAUGUAAGUGAUGAUCAAAUGUGUCCAGAUGGUGUCACAAAAUGUAGUUUAAAGUCGACAUGUUGUCCAAAUACGGAGAAAAAUCAAAAUGGUCAAAGCUAUGGAUGUUGUCCGUAUCAAAAGGGUGUUUGUUGUGGUUCUCGAGGUGAUGUAUGCUGUCCGUUUAAUUAUAUUUGUAAUCCAAAAGAUCAAUCGUGCGAAUUAAAUGAUACUAAGACAUCAAACGAUUAUCUACUACGAAUAGAAACGACACACGCUGAGAAAGAGAAAGAACAACAAUUGAACUCGUCUUCCUUUCCUACCAAUGUGUGUCCUAAUUUACUUGUAUCAUGUCCAGAUAAUUAUACAUGUUGUGAGACAUCUUCAAAUCAAUAUCAAUGUUGUGCAUUUACGAAUGGUACGUGUUGUGGCGAUGGUCUUCAUUGUUGUCCAUAUGGUACGUCAUGUGAUCUGAAUAGCGGCAGUUGCUAUUAAUAUUACAAUAGGAAGAAACAAUAAAACUAUUGACAUUCGAGUUUUCAUAUUUACUGUUUUUUAACGUUUCUACUCUAGUCUUUCAUGCCUUUUCCAUUUGGAUCUUUCUUUAUUUUUUGUACACUGUACGAUAAAAAAAAAAUAUCAUUUUUAUUUAUAAAAUACAGGAUUAAUCUCAAUGAUGAUUUUAGACGUCUAGUAAAUGAAUGGUACCUACGAAUAAAUUUUGUUUUAAAUAAGAAUUGCAGAUUUGAUGCAUUAAUGAAAAAUACUUAGUCUGCAACGAUGCUGUCUUUAUUUGUUUUAGCCAAACGUUUUGUAAACUAAAUAUAUUCAUAUUUUCGCAGCUAAUUAGUUUUAUUAAAACUGAAAUUUACUAUUAAAUCCAGACCUUUCAUCGAAAAAUUCUUCUUUAGUGAUGCAAAUCAAAUGAAACAUGAAAAUGGGCCAGCUCUAGUUAAGAAGGUAAUGUUUUCCUACUUCCUGGUGAUAAACGUCCUGGACGUGGUGGUAUAAGAAAAAGAUGCGAAAAUAAGAUAAUGGAUGACACUGACAAGUUCGGUAUCAAAAACGGGAGAAAAGAAACUAGACACAGAAACACCUGGCAUGAAUUAAUUAAUACACAUGUAUAAUCCACUCCUGUUCCUUCAAACAUCAAGUCAAUAAUACAGGGAUGCAAAGAUAGUGCAAACAGAAGAAGAUCAAAAGAAUUACUACCGGAGUCAAAAAGCAAUGCACUCGAAUGUUUUCUGAAUAACGUUUGAUCGGAAUGAGCUAGAGGGUUCUGGUUUUCAUCAUUUUGAAGUAAAUUCAUGGGGCUAUCAAACGACCUAAAAAUGAUCUGAAAACUAUUAGUUUCAGGUGGUGUAUUUUCUCGGACAAAAUGUUCAGCAGUGUCGUGAAAAGGAUUCUAGAUAAAAUUUUCGUCCUAAAUUUACAUUUAGAUACAGCAACAUCUUCUCUACAAAACUAGACAAGUCCGAGACCUCUGUCUUUUUUCGUUUGGGAGCUAUAGGCAUUUUGCUGGGACCACCUGGGCAUCCUGUAUUAUUGACUUGAUGUUUGAAGGAACAGGAGUGGAUUAUACAUGUG